AUGGAUCUCAAAGUAGAAACCGAGGAGCUGGACUCGAAUCGACCUCCACCCAUUGAAGUUUUUGCGCACAGCUCGACCCUGCACGGGAUCUCUCACAUCUUCACGUACGAGCGCUUCUGCAUCAAACGCUGCCUGUGGCUCGUGUUCUUCCUGGGCUCCCUCACCUUCCUGCUGUACGUGUGCGUGGACCGGAUCCACUUCUACCUGGAGUACCCGCAUGUCACCAAGCUGGACGAGAUCGCGACCCCGAUCAUGACGUUCCCCUCGGUCACUUUCUGCAACCUGAACGCGUUCCGCUUCAGCCGCGUCAUGCGCAAUGACCUGUACCACGCAGGGGAGCUGCUGGCCCUGCUCAACCAGAGGUACGAGAUCAGAGACAUCCACCUCGUGGAGGAGAGCGUCCUGGAGAGCCUGAAGGUCAAAGCCGACUUCCACAACUUCAAGCCGCGACCCUUCAACAUGCGGGAAUUCUACGACCGGACGGGUCACGACAUCCAUGACAUGCUGCUCUCCUGCCACUUCCACGGCACCGAGUGCAGACCGGAGGAUUUCAAAGUGGUUUUCACCCGCUACGGGAAGUGUUACACCUUUAACGCCGGCGGUGAUGGACGCCCUCCCCUCCUCACCACCAAGGGAGGCAUGGGUAACGGUCUUGAGCUCAUGCUGGACAUUCAGCAGGAUGAAUACCUGCCGGUGUGGGGAGAGACAGACGAGACGUCGUUCGAAGCCGGGAUCAAAGUUCAGAUCCACAGUCAGGACGAGCCGUCGUUCAUUGAUCAGCUCGGCUUCGGGGUGGCACCCGGGUUCCAGACUUUUGUUUCCUGCCAAGAACAAAGGCUGAUAUAUCUCCCCCCGCCCUGGGGAGACUGUAAGGUGACGCCCAUGGACUCGGACUUCUUCGACACCUACAGCAUCACAGCCUGUCGCAUCGACUGUGAAACACGCUACCUGGUGGACAACUGCAACUGUCGCAUGGUGCACAUGCCUGGCGAUGCACCGUACUGCACCCCCGAGCUGUACAAAGAAUGUGCCGACCCAGCUCUCGAUUUCCUGGUGGAAAGAGACAAUGACUUCUGUGUUUGUGAGACACCGUGCAACAUGACCAGAUACAGCAAAGAGCUGUCCUUCGUCAAGAUCCCCAGCAAGGCCUCUGCCAAAUAUCUUGCAAAGAAAUACAACAAAUCUGAGCAGUAUAUUAAGGAGAAUCUCCUGGUCUUAGACAUAUUUUUUGAGGCUCUCAACUAUGAGACUAUUGAACAGAAAAAGGCGUAUGAAGUGGCUGGACUUUUAGGUGAUAUCGGUGGUCAGAUGGGACUUUUCAUUGGGGCAAGCAUCCUCACUAUUCUAGAGCUGUUUGACUACUUUUAUGAGGUGAUCAAGUACAAGCUCUGUCGCUGCUCCGAUAAGAAGCACAACAACGCUGACCAGGGAACAGUCCUGAGCUUGGAUGAUGUCAAGUGUCACGUCAGUAACUUUCACUAGGCCUCUGCAGCCAAGAGGAGGAGCCACUCCCUUCGUGUCUGAGCGGCUUCAUGAACUUUGCUCCCUGCAGUUUGCUGAAGCAGACUCCUGCAGCCACAGGGAACUUGUCUGAACUGUCUCUGGUGAAGGUUUAAGAGCAACGAGGUGAAAAACGAUAAUGUGGCCGAAGUAAGGAGAAGGCCACGGCUGGACAGCAGACACCAGUUAUCAACAUGUUGUCAUGAGUUAAAAAAAACAUUAGAAUAACUGCAUGGUCAUCUGUAAACAGCUUUUAAAGACAUAGCAACUGAUUCAGUUAACGGGAGCAUGAACCUAACGAAGGUUCAUAUGUGUUCAGUUAAACAGCGUUAGAUAUCCCAGACGUGCCGUGGUGUUUUUAUCAAUUUGUAGAAUUUUUUGUAAAAUAAUAGGUGACGGAUUUGUUUUCACUCACAAAAUGUCAUGAGUUUUAUUUUGAAGCGUGCAUGCCCCCACUGUAUAUUUAUUUUCGCUUUUCAUCUUUCAACCUAACGCUUUAUAUCACAUUAUAUUUCUCCCAAGAGGUUUCCUGGUAAUAAGCAAAUACAGAGAGGUCAAAUAGAGAGCGAUCAGUUUGUUUACCUCCAGUUAUCAUUAAAUGCUAAGUUACCACAACCUUGACAUUUUAUACAGAAGAUAGCGGGUGAGCUGAACUUGCUUAAUCUGAAAUGUUCAAAAAACAAACAUGCAAUUCAGUAUAAAUAAGUUAUAAAAUGUCCAAUAGUACAUAAAUUAGUAGUAAAUAUUCAUUAGGGUUUAAAUUGACCACAUUUUCACAUAGAAAUUGAUAUGGAAAUCAAUAUUAAACUCAAUGAAGCUAACUUAACCAUAUCAAAUAAGGGUUUCUCUAUUGUUCCUGUUAUUUGUACAAAAAACUACAGUAUAUUAGAAGAUAACAGACCUGUGAGUUUACUGUUUUGUUUUAAUCACGAUUUUUUAUUAGACUUUUUCACCAAAUUACUUUUUUAUAUUCAUGUCAUUCAACCUUAUCCCAUGUCAGUCUUUGUGCAUUUUGUCAGUUUACUCUACUACCUCAUCUUGCAGGGUGACGCCGCCAUGAAGACAUUGCAGGUCAUAUUCACAAAAUCACAUUUCACAAAAUGGAUGAUUUAUUUACACACAAGUACAAAUACAGUAGGAUAUAUGGGCUAAAAGCUUUUUAUUUUCCAUUACAAAGAUAUGGAUCCACAGAAACAAAAUUCACGAACCAGAAUUAAAAACUAAUAUUUAAACUCUUCUCCAUGUCAACAAGGCACUUUACUGUAAGACUGUCCUUCCCCUGUCGAUGAUAAUCACUAGACUGUAGAUCUCAGAAGAAAUUAAGAAUAGAAAUAAGUGUUUCCUGUUAAAGAGUGGGCUACAAACCAGACUUCAGUACAUUGAUUUAAUGGAAUGUCGUACAUUUGUUCAAGUACCUAGAUGCUGUUCAUCCUAUUUACCUGCAGAGAUAAAAUCAGUGAGAAUAAACAUGUUGAAUGUGUUUUUCUAACUUGCAUGUAGCGCUGUACAGUAGGUGUCUUAAAUCGGGUCCAUCAAUGAACAGAUGAUCCGCAGGUCUGACUGCAUCCUGUCCUCAUCUGUUUGUGAGUUUGAUUUUAUACUGCGAGCAUGUAUUUAUCUGUGUGUGUGUGUGUGUGUGUGUUUGCAGUGUUACCCCACAUCUGUGCCAAAUUCAGAGGUGAAUAAAGGAACAUUUUAAAUGCCCUCAUAUCAAAAAGCACUUUUUUGUUAUCAGUCUGAAACAAACCAUCUUUAAAUAUCAGUUUACAGUUGAUUGAUUUGAUAAUCGUUAGAAGGAAUGGGAAUUUGUAUGGUGUGUAGCUGUGUGAUGUUACCAUCAAGCCCAGUCAUACCAUUUGCUGUAAUUUAAUGUAUAUAUUACGAUGACUAUGGAUAAUAAUCUUUGUGUAUUGGCAUAUACUUAUCUGUCUAAUAUUUUACUUGUUGUAUUUAUUAAUUAUCAACUAGCUGUUUUUUACGUACAUGUUGU